CACCCCCCUCCUUGGCUGCCUUGCUGGCCAGUGGCGUCCCUCCACGUGGAGUCAGCUGAGCCCCCCGCGUGAACAUCCUGAGCUCGCGAGCGCGGGCGCUCCCCCUGCGCCGGAGAGCACCCGAUCGCUUUCGUCUUCCUUCCUUCUCUCCCCGCGCGCUGCCUAUACCUUACAAAGCAGCUCCUCCGACUUCCAUUUCUGUUGCUCUCUUUCCCCCUCUCUCUCUCUUCCCCGCGCUGAACCAGCAAGUUCGAGGCACAUGGAAAAGGACGCCUCGCCUCAGUCGGAUCCAACCGUCACCACCACCUCCUCGACUUCGCCGGAGCAGCAGCAGCAGCAGCCGCCGCCGCCGCCGCAUGCGCCCAACUCGCCUCCUCCCGCUCAAUCCUCGAGCUCUCCGCUGAACCAACAGUUCGCGGCCAAUUUCAGCGCGCUGUACCACUCCAUUUUCCCGCCAAAAUCGCCUCGCUCGAGCUCCGCGCUCAUUUCGCCGUCUCUGUGCUCAUCCGCCUCCUCCGACAACAACCAGAACGCAACCGCCAGGAGCACCGUCGCCAUAGAGCACCGCCUCAACCAAGCUCGCCUCGUUCUGGAGUACCAGCAGCUGCGCGAUCACUACGAUCUCUGCCGCGCUCACCUCAACGACCUCACGGAAGAGAUCGACUCGCUGCGCCGCGAGAAUGCGCGGCUUCGCUUGUCAAACUCCGAGCUCGUAAAGCUCCUUAACCUGCCCUCGCAGGGCACUCUGGAAAGCUGCUUCCGCCGUCUCGGUCUCUCUGAUGCUAAUGCUACGGGAUCAGAUUUCUCCGGCGAAGACGUUUGCAGCUACAGUCCGACGAGUGUCAUGGAUCAGAGCGGAUAUGAGCCGAGUAAUCCUGAGAGAGUUUGGCUACCGAAGAGUAUAUCGGUUCGGUCCAGCGGCUACCUUAAACUGAACCAGCCUGCUGCUAGCAACAGCCGCUCGAGUCGACCGGUGAGUCAACUCCGCAUGCCAAGAACACAGGAGCCUCCAAAGGUGCAACAGCGCGUGUAUGUGCCAGGUGGGAAGAAAGAGCAGGAGGCAUUGGAGUUCGAAGUGUUCAGCCAGGGGAUGUUCAAGACGGAGCUGUGCAACAAGUGGCAGGAGACUGGCGCGUGCCCGUACGGCGACCACUGCCAGUUCGCGCAUGGCAUUUCCGAGCUGCGUCCGGUGAUCAGGCACCCACGUUACAAGACUGAGGUCUGCAGGAUGGUCCUAGCCGGCGACAUGUGUCCCUACGGCCACAGGUGCCACUUCCGUCACUCCCUCACUGAGCAGGAGAUGAUGCUGGCUUCACGUUGAUCCCAGAUGUCAUUUGCAUUCAUUAAUUUCUCCAUUGAUUUGGUUAUGUACAUAAAAACUCCCCGAAAGAAAUUGAUCAAACCCACAAAUAACAACUCGAGAGGAUAAUAAAAGAUGGUAAAAAGAGGUAAAUCAAACUAAAUUCGGUUGAUAUAUCCAGGUGGAUAUAUAUAGAUGAGAUUUAGCCUGAAGAGAUUAAGACAAAACUUUUCAAUUGGAUUUUACUAUGCAUCACAUAUAGCUAUCAUGGUAAGACGUAUUUGGUUGUUUGCUGUUACUGUGAUUUUGCAUGUUGUUGACCUAUGGUUGGUUGGUUGGUUGAGGUACAGGGACCAACUUAACCAACCAUUUACCCACCCAAAGUCUGGGGGUUUUGUAAUGAUGACGACAAUUUGUUACACACGGAGUACGUUACUUUCAGUUCAA